UGAUUACAGCUCAUAUCAAAUCACUGUUCACCUCAAAGUGCAGGUAUAUAAAGUCGAGCAACACUAGUGGCACAAGUACUACAUCUUCUUACUGACACGUGAACGUUGAAAAAGAGAGAUCAACAAUGCGUGAAUGUAUCUCCAUACAUGUGGGCCAAGCUGGAGCUCAGAUUGGCAAUGCAUGUUGGGAGUUGUACUGUCUGGAACAUGGCAUCCAGCCAGAUGGCCAGAUGCCCUGUGAUAAAACAAUCAGUGGUGGCGAUGACUCAUUCAACACCUUUUUCAGUGAGACGGGAGCAGGAAAACAUGUCCCAAGAGCGAUCUUUGUAGACCUGGAGCCAACUGUCAUUGAUGAGGUUCGCACAGGUACCUACCGUCAGCUGUUCCAUCCAGAACAGUUGAUCACAGGGAAGGAGGAUGCUGCCAACAACUACGCUCGUGGUCACUACACCAUAGGCAAGGAGAUCAUUGAUUUAGUUCUGGACAGGACUCGCAAACUGGCUGAUCAAUGCACUGGCUUGCAAGGAUUCCUCAUCUUCCACUCUUUUGGUGGAGGCACCGGCUCUGGUUUCACCUCCCUACUCAUGGAGAGACUGUCAGUUGAUUAUGGUAAAAAGUCUAAGCUUGAAUUUGCAAUCUACCCCGCCCCUCAGGUUUCCACAGCAGUGGUAGAGCCUUACAAUUCCAUUCUGACCACUCACACCACCCUUGAGCACUCUGACUGCGCAUUCAUGGUGGACAAUGAAGCAAUCUAUGACAUCUGUCGCAGGAAUCUCGACAUUGAAAGGCCAACCUACACUAACCUGAACAGGCUUAUUGGCCAGAUUGUGUCUUCGAUCACUGCAUCUCUUCGCUUUGAUGGAGCCCUGAACGUCGACCUGACCGAGUUCCAGACCAACUUGGUGCCCUACCCUCGCAUCCACUUCCCUUUGGCCACAUAUGCCCCGGUCAUCUCUGCUGAGAAGGCAUACCAUGAGCAACUUUCUGUGGCCGACAUCACAAAUACCUGCUUUGAGCCAGCAAACCAGAUGGUCAAGUGUGAUCCUCGACAUGGUAAAUACAUGGCCUGCUGUCUGCUGUACCGUGGUGAUGUGGUGCCUAAAGAUGUCAACUCUGCCAUCGCCGCCAUCAAGACCAAACGCAGCAUCCAAUUUGUGGACUGGUGUCCCACUGGCUUCAAAGUGGGCAUCAAUUACCAGCCUCCAACAGUGGUUCCUGGAGGAGAUCUGGCCAAGGUGCAGAGGGCUGUGUGCAUGCUCAGCAACACCACAGCCAUCGCUGAAGCCUGGGCCCGCCUGGAUCACAAGUUUGAUCUGAUGUAUGCCAAAAGGGCGUUUGUGCACUGGUAUGUUGGGGAGGGAAUGGAGGAAGGGGAGUUCUCAGAGGCCAGAGAGGAUAUGGCUGCCCUGGAGAAGGAUUAUGAAGAAGUGGGUGCAGACAACAUUGGGGAGGAGGACGAAGGAGAGGAAUAUUGACCCAAAGACGCACGUACAAACACAAUUGAAAUGGUUCACUUUAGUCUUUUCAUCAGUUUGGCCCGAAAGUCAUUCUCAUCCUAUUAAAGUGUAUUAAUAUACUGAAUAUUUUUUGUUUGGAAUCUCCACAGAAAUCCUUCCUUUGUGCAGUGUCAGUUUCUCUUUUGUGCACCUCCCCCACACUUAUUCCCGCACAUGUGGAAUGUAACUUAUGAAAGGGCUCCAAUGUCAGUUUCUAUGUACUGUCCCAUUCAGCUGUGACUCUGUGAGUGUUACAGUGAGAGAAUAAGAGACUAACUUACUGUCUGCAUUGUUUGUGUAGUUCAUACUCAAACACGACCAGACAGUAGCAACAACUGCAUCCCUGUCCUACUCUACACACACUGUGAUAAGGAAAUUAAUAAGUUCGAGUGAGUGAAUUACCAAACUAAACAGAAAAUUUUUCACACAUGUAUGACUGUAUUGUUAAUGAUCAUGUAUCUUUGUGCAUUACAAAUUAUGUGACCCCGGCGGUGAGGAUAAGCGGAACGGAAGAUGAAUGAAUGAAUGAAUGAUUACAAUGAACCACUGCAGAGUGCUAAAUCAUUUGACUUUUUUUUUUUUUUAGCUUAAAAGAUAACAAAUUGCCAUCUUGUCACUGAAAAGUGUUUUGCUCAUUGUAGGCCUACUCACCCACCUUGUUGAUAUUAAACCAGUAAAAGAUUCACAUCAUGGGGAUGAAGAGUUAUAUGGGCUCCAUCAGCCAUCCAAAAAACCCAAAUAAAGUUCUUCCUUAAUGCCCUUGAGCAUGGAGUCUGGUUUCCAACUGAUCCACAAGUCCAGCAGCUGGGAACUGCCCCCACUGUCUCUGUUCACCAUCUACAGAUAGGUCAAAGUGUAUUUUUCUAUCGCCAGCAUAAAUUGAAGCAGUGAUUUUAGAAGCUAGUCUUUUAUGGUUAAAUCUGACAAUUCUUUAACAUAACCCUAUAUAUAAUUGCAAUGCAUUUUAAUUUAAUAAUUAUUUAAAGACCCCUGUGAAGUGAUUUCAGUGAUUUGUUUCUAAAUACAUAAGUUUGAAGAACAGUCCUGAAAAUGAGCAAUGACUGAGAAGAAUCUCGUAUUGAAUUGUUGCGAUAUAACAUUAAA